GCCUUUCGCUCAGAGUCCUCAAGGCCAUCCGACGAAACGGAGAGGCCUUCCCUGUCGAGAUAUCCUUGGGAGAGAUUCCAAAGAGAUGGAUCGAAAAGUCCAACAUCACAACAACAAGCAUGUUUGUGGCCACCCUGCGGGAUAUCAGCCGGAGACAAAACGAAAUUGCGUGGAGCCAGAGCCGCUACAGCAAAGAGUUUGAAGAAAUGGAGCUUCUUGGGCGUGGUGGAUUCGGCGCUGUGUACCGCUGCCGCAACCGCCUCGAUGGUCAGAUGUACGCCAUCAAGAAAGUGGAACUCUCAUGUCAUCCCGAGGACUAUCAAGCCAUCAUCACCAUGGCUAUACCGCGAGACCACGAUGCAGCCGAUCUGCCUCGGCGCCUCUCCAAUGCAACUCAGGUCAGCGAGUCACUUGCCGACGAAGAUAUCCGGAUUAUCCAGGAGGUCCAGAUGUUUGCUAGGAUUAGCCACCACCCCAAUGUCGUUCGGUACUACACUUCCUGGGUCGAGGCGCAGCUGCUGGACCAAGAUGAAGUCACUGCAGAGGAUUCCGAGAGCGACGAAUCCUCCGAAUGCAACUCGAUACAGCCAUCGAUAUCUAUUCUUCACAAGAAGCGGUCGAUAAAGCGAUCGAACCAGGCGAGACCUCCAGCAGACCCCAAUAAAGGCAGGGUCCGCCGCACGGCCGCCAAGAAGGAGAAGCCGCAAGAUGCUGUCCUUGCGGAUGCCAUCGCACAGGGCUUGACCACCCAAGAUCAGGCACCCAGGUUAUCCGAUGCCCAGGGGACUGCUGUCGAGAUUGACAUAUCGCUGUCUUGUCAAGAAACUGGGGUCGGAUAUCGAGCACAUCCGUCUGUUCCAUCUUCCCAAGGAGCGUCCCCCGAGAUUGCCUCGGGAGUCGAGUCGCAGACCACCAGCCCCACCAAGCCCGACCGGCUCGCUGCAGCCACUGUAUUAUACAUCCAAAUGCAGCUUUGCUCGUCCUCGAGCCUCUCAAAGUGGCUGGCGUCCCGCAACAAAGCCGGAGCGGGAGAGAUCGAUCGAGUUACAAGCAUGAACAUAUUUCGGCAGAUUGUCAUGGGCCUCGACCACAUCCACAGAAGCGGAUUCAUUCACAGGGAUAUCAAGCCCGCAAACAUCUUUAUCGAAACUGGAGAUCGAGUCUUUAUCGGAGACUUUGGACUCGCCGUCAAUUCGUCGCCUCGAUCGUCCUCUAAUGAAGAGCUGGAUGUCUUUCUGAAAUCAACGGACGCCAACCCAAGCUCCAAGAGCACGCAAAGCGACAACAAAACCGCUGGCGUGGGAACGACUCUCUAUGCCUCGCCGGAACAGCUGUGCGGCCGAUCGUACGACACCAUGACGGACAUAUACUCGUUGGGGCUGGUGUUCUUUGAGCUUUUCUUUGUGUUUCGCGACAAUGGCGAUCGAUUCCACUCCCUGACAGAGCUGCGUCAUGGAAAGUGCCCCUCAAGUUUCAAAGCCGGGUUUCCGCAGCAUAUGUCGCUUCUGAAGAAGCUGCUUUGCGAGAUUCCCUCACGACGACCAACAACCACGGAUAUUCUAGCACAUCCCCUGCUCCGCGAUCAAGAAAGCAGUUCCUCACGACGAACGAGUGAGGCGGUCAAAUCCACUGAACAAAGGCCAAGCGACGUCGAGACGUGCGCCGCCUGCCAAGAGAAGGAUCACAUCAUCACAAGGCUCAAAGCAGAGAUCGGGCAGCUCAAGGCGCAGCUGGUUCACUAUGAGGCCACUCUGGGAAUCCAGCCCCCAGCAGCGCAACAGCAGGAGGACGGAUCCGCAUGAGCACGGAUGCCGAAUACAGUCUUCAUACGACACCAGCGCUGCGUCCUCAGUUUUGUUGGUGUUUGUGGCUUGAAUGGUGGUGCGCAGAAGACUGGCUGGGAAUGAUUCAUCGGUAGCCUCUCGUAGUCUGCCAUCUCCAGAC